AUGCACUGGCCUAUCACCCUUCCCACUUCUACCCCAGAGAAAUACGGAAAAGAAGAUCGCACAGUGCGUGACCCAGAUUGGAAUUUCUGUGACACAUGGAGGGAAAUGGAAAAGCUGUUGGAAACAGGAAAAGUGCGCGCAAUUGGCGUUGCAAACUUCUCAACUGUAAACCUGGAGAAACUAUUGAGAACUUGCAAGAUUGUUCCAGCUGUGAACCAAACAGAAAUUCAGCCAUUGCUUCCUCAGGAGAAGUUGAACGCGUUCUGUUCUCAGCAUAACAUCCAUCAGACUGCCUUUGGACCUCUUGGAGGAAGUGGGAGUACAUUACAUGAAAAUCCUGUGGUCAAGAGAAUUGCAGAGAAGAGGGGAUGUAGCUCAGGCAAUGUCUUGCUCAGCUGGGGUGUGCGGAAAGGAUGGAGUGUGAUCCCAAAGAGUAUCAAUCCUGUCAGAAUUACGAGUAAUCUGAGGGAUUGCUUUGAGAUGAAUGGUCAGGAGGUGGAGCAAGUGGACAAUUUGGUCGAGGCACUUGGAGGAAAGCGCUUCAAUGUUCCAAAUUGGGGGACGACUGUGUUCCAUGACGAUUAG